ACCGCGUACAGGAAAAAAAGGAGAAAAGUGGAACAUGUUUUGAGUUCAUAUGGAUCACACAGAACCUUUGGAAGAGCUAUUCUGGCCCAGUGAGAGUGAAAUGUCUGGAGACAAUGGAUCUUCAACAUCUGGCAGAUCCAUAUGUGGAGAAAAGGUUGGAGAAUGUUGGGUCGGUGAAAGUGACUUGAAGCGGAAUCAUGUCGAUUUUUUUUGCAUUUCUGCUGUCCAGUAGGAGCGUGCGCUCCCCACCACGCGAUUGGGGAGAAGAACUGUGACUUGCUUUCCUCUCCAGACCAGGGUGCUGUUGAAAGGAGUGAUAACUGGAGUGAAGUUAAGUGUAGAGGAAGGUCAGCUGAAGUAGAAGUUUCCCGGUGCCUUUGACGCCCGCCGUUUGGUGUGACGCAGACCGGUGGAGAGCGUGGUAAAACAGACAAUACACUGUCUGUACUACUACAUUUUGAUGUAUGUCUUUACCAGAUAAAGUGAAUUUAGGAUGUGUCAGUUAUCCCGUGAGAGCUUUUUUCCCGAACCCAUUAUGGUGUUUUAAGUGUCAAUCUUAUGGUCAUGUGGCAGCAGUGUGUAGGAGAGAGAUUCCUAGAUGUGAGAAGUGUGCAGGAGGACAUGAGACAAAGGAAUGUUUAGUAUCAGUGGAAAAAGUUGUAUGUGUAAGUUGGCGCUGGAGAUCAGAGGUGUCCGGUGAGAGAAAGGCUGUUUGAGGUUGCCCGGAUCAGAGUAGUACAGAAGGUGUUUGACUGCUAAGGCAGUGAAGAGAGGAAGAUAGAUCCAGGGUGAGGGAUUCUAAGAGUAGGACGAGGCCAAUAGAGAGUGAUAAAACAACAUGUGCUUCAAUAAGAUUUGUAUUUUUUUGGCAUUCAUGGCCAUGGUUGUCAAUUUUACCGCAGGAACGGAACAUAAAUCACAGAGGAUAGAUGUUGUGGUGGCAGCUGCAGAGAAGUACUUUGGUGUACAAGAUUUUACUGCAGAAGAGUUACAUGAUGUUUUGAACCAAAAUGGUUCCAAUCGUUUUUCCACCAUUCGUUGUUCUCAUAGGGAAUUUUAGAAACAAUUCAAAUAAGGGCUGUGUUUUUUUUUUAGCUUACCCUGGCAUGACGUCAAUAACCAUGUAAAUCUCUCUCGGACAAGGUGACUUUUAUCCAUAUAUUCGGCACUACUUACUCUCCAAAUCGAAAGUGCUAAUUAGUAUCAAAGUAGACAUAAUGCAAUAAAUCGCUGCGAGCUCCUGCCCGCCAUCCCUAGCUGACACCUUCCUAACAGAUAGUGUCAAUAUAAAACUUGCACAAGGCAGUUCACAGAAUUACCAAUUUAAAGAAAUGUAGCUAAUUUAUUAAUUACAAAAUGUAGCUAACAUUAGAUAGUUAAUCCAGAGAUUCUUACCUCGAUUCAUCAGUCUCGUCCAGAUCAUCAUGGCAUUUGUAGUUCUUUAUGAUAGUCUAAAUAGCGUUUCAUUUUGUCGGGGUAAAUUCAGGCGAAUAUACUGAUAAAUCACCUUGUCAUAGAGAGAUUUAGUUGGUUAUCAAAACGUCACGCCAGGGUAAAUCUACACAAAACAUAGUCCUCAUUGGAACAAUUUCCUUGUUUGACCGCUAGGUUUUACGGGUGUUGUGACUCAUACUGCGGUCUUCUAUGAAUUCAUACCUCCGAAUAGUAGGCUGAUACAUAGGCAAUACAGUAGGUGGCGGCAUGUACCUAUUACAUCUGUUUGCUGACAGUCAAAAUACCAAAAAAGAAGAAGUAGAAUUGUUAGCUGACGCUAUAUGUUGUUUUUGGUUGCGUUGUUGUGCGAACUCUGUGUUGAGCAACGGCGGAAGAGAGAGGUAAUAACAGAGGCAGAACCAGUGGACAAACAGCAAAGAUGGAGCUGGAGAAGGUGCAGGACUAACGCUCCCUCUCUGAAUGCGAUAAGAGGAAGAAGGCAAUGCAAUCUGAGAACAGCAGCGUUGUUCAAGAUGACAAUGGAAAGGAAGCAGGAAAAAUGAAUUCUGAUGGAGAAUUUCAAGCAUGUGGCAGCAACGAUUCAUUUCUAGAUUCCAUCUUUGAAGAGGAGUUGGAUCGACUUUUGGACCUAUACUUCAACAAGCCACCCUUUGCCUUGAUGACAGCUUUGCACACUCUUGGAAUUCUCUCAACCAACUUCAUGAGGUAGUCACCAGGAAUACAUUUCAAUUAACAGGACAAUGACCCAACACACCUCCAGGCUAUGUAGGGGCUAUUUUUACCAAGAAGGAGAUUGAUGGAGUGCUGCAUCAGAUGACCUGGCCUCCAGAUGACCUGGCCUCCACAAUCCCCCGACUUCAACCAAAUUGAGAUGGUUUGGGAUGAGUUGGACCGCAGAGUGAAGGAUAAGCAGCCAACAAGUGCUCAGCAUAUGUGGGAACUCCAAGACCUUUGGAAAAGCAUUCCAGAGAUGAGAAUGAAGACCUUCCUUAUCUGACGGAACCUUCAGAGGCUAUGGAGGGGGAAGAAUCCCCUCCCAAUGGAACAGAAGUUACAGAAACUAUAGUGGAGGGUGAAUACCCUCCAGAUGGGACAGAAGUUACAGAGACUAGAGGGGGAGAUGACUCUCCUCCAAUUAUGACACGGCUCAGGGUAAGGGGCAUCUCCUCUCGCCCUAAGAUCGAAGCUUCAGAGUCAAGUGAGGAAGAUGGAGAAGACCUUCCCCCUGAUACAGAAGUAAUUGAGAGCAGGGCUUCAAAAAGAACAAAACUCACCUCUAGCCCCAAAGCAGCACCGCAAAGGAAGGCCAGGCCUCCAUCCUCUCCCCCCUGGACACCCAGCCCUGCCAAAUCCAAAAACAGAGCUCAUGCAGCCACACCUCUUUUCAGUGGGUCAGAGAGGAAGUGGAGGACUGAGGAUGAACCAGACCAAGAGCAUAAAUGGUUACCUUUCGAACCAGCUAGGACUCCUGGACCCCAGCUAGACACUUCAAAGAACUACACUGUUCUAGAGCUCUUCCAGCUCUUCUUCAGUAAUGACGUUGUUGAUACUCUCUGCUCAAACACCAACAAGAAUGCCAAGAGAAGACAAGAACAUGGAAUCAAAGAACCAUGGAAACCUGUAUCUGUGGAGGAAAUGUACAAAUACCUCAGCAUUGUAAUCUAUAUGGGUCUGCUGAAUGUACACACUGUAUCAGACUACUGGAAUCGAAACAGAAUAUAUUGCCUUCCUUUUUGUUGUACAGUCAUGACUAUGACAAGAUUUCGGGCAAUCACCUAUUCACUGCACAUGAGUGACCCAGCAGAGGAUGAGGAAAACGACAAGAAGAAGGGGACUGCGGACUAUGAUCGGCUCAUGAGAAUCAAACCUCUAAAAGACCAGAUUUUGGAUGCAUGCAGAGCCUUCUACCACCCAUUCCAGAACCUUUCCAUUGAUGAGCGCAUGGUGCACUCCAAGGCCCGCCACAGCCUCAAACAAUACAUUAAAUCCAAGUCCUACAGGUAUGGAUUCAAGCUGUAUGUUUUAGCAGAUUCAAGAAAUGGCUACACCUGUGACUUCAAUGUCUUUAUGACCAAAAACCCAUCUGCUUCAGGCAAAGGGGAGAGCUAUGAUGUUGCCAUGAACCUGUUGAAGGUGCCUUACUUGGGCACAGGAUACCACAUUUAUGUUGAUAACUUCUUCACCAGCACAACUUUCUUCCGUGACCUGUACAAAAAGAAAUUGGGAGCAUGCGGAACCAUACGUGAAAUCCGUGUGGGCAUCCGAGAGAACAGCAUGCCUGCUCGAGCAGAGAAGGGAACCAUCCGCUGGCUCCGUGAUGGGGAGCUGCUCUUCACCAAGUGGAUGGGCGCACAACCAGUCACCAUGUGUACCACCAUUCAUAAGGCAUUCGCAGGGGAGCAGGUCCAAAUCAGGAAACGGAGCAAAAAUGGAUCCUGGACAACACAGUGCAUACCCGUCCCAGAGGCAAUCAAGCCGUACAACAAGUAUAUGGGGGGUGUGGACCUGUCUGAUUCCCUUAUCAAAUGCUACAGUGUGGCCCACAAAACCAUGAAGUGGUACAAGACCUUCUUCUUCCACUUUAUAGACAUUGCUGUGGUGAACAGCUUCCUCCUGCAGAAGGACAUGGCCCAGAUGAAGAAGAAAAAGCCAAUGACCCACAAGCAGUUCAGGGAGCAGCUGUGCCUGCAGCUUGCUGACAUUGGUAAGCAGGAGGAGGCUGAAGAAGAGUCUUCAGAGGAGGAGGAGGAGGAAGAAGAACAACCAGAAGAAGAGAAGGAAUUGGUGGAAGUGAAGCGACCAUGCUACCCUGUACCCAUAAUUGAUCCUACCACUGUUGACUCCUCUCAAAGAAAAUCUGGCGGCAGGAAGAAAUGUUGUCUGUGCAAGGAAAGCCAGACCAACUGGCAGUGUGAGUCCUGUCAGGUAGCACUCUGUAUGAUACCAGACAGAAACUGCUUCAGAGUUUGGCACAUGAAUAAAAAGGAUCUCGUAGCAGAAGUUUUCAAGAGGCAUAUAAAGUACAACCCAUACCCUACCCAUCCUUGGAUGGAAUAUGGAGGGAAAAAAAUUGAGUUCAAGUCUCAAAAACAGGCCCAGAGUUUCAUUAAAUGCCAUUUUGGCUUGAGGAACAACAGGAAGUAAAACUAUUGUGCUAUCCUGUGCGCACUAAUGAUCAAACCACUAUUGCAUCUCUCAAAGGGAAACCGUGGGCAGGAAGAACUGUUGUCCGUGCAAGACCAACUGGCACUGAGUCCUGUCAGGCGCCGCUCUGUAUGAUAGAAGACUGGAACUGCUUCCGGUUCUGAGGAUGGCAUAGGGCUCAAUAGAAUGUCUCUGGCACAACUUUUCAGUUCCCCUGAUAAUACCAGUGGUCUCAAGUGGGAUGAUGAUAAUGAUUAUUAUUAUGGUUAGGCUUAUUAUUUGUAUUGUUUUAUUAUUUUAGUUUAUUCUAUUAAUAUUUGUGCCCAUGAAUGAUCCCAGCACUCUUAAAAUCUCUCACAGAUGUACUGUACACAUGAAGUGUCAUUUGUGCAAUGAUUAUUUAGAUUAUUCUGAGUUAGUCUUGCCAGAAACUGCUUCAAAAUAUGGAAUAUGAUUAAAGACAAUGAGCAGA